UGUGUGGCUGUGACUUGGCACAAGGAGGCUUCUUCAUUAAGAACGGGGAAUAUCUUUGCACCUUGGAUUACCAGCGCAUGUAUGGUACCCGCUGCAACGGUUGUGGGGAGUUUGUGGAAGGUGAAGUAGUGACAGCUCUAGGAAAAACUUACCAUCCAAGCUGCUUUGCCUGUACUGUUUGCAAGCGUCCAUUUCCACCAGGCGAUCGAGUUACCUUUAAUGGAAGGGAGUGUCUCUGUCAGAUGUGUGCUCAGCCAAUGGCCUCCAGUCCAAAAGAAUUGUCUGCCUCAAGCAAUUGUGCUGGCUGUGGAAGAGACAUAAAAAAUGGACAAGCAUUGCUAGCUCUGGAUAAGCAGUGGCACCUGGGGUGCUUUAAGUGCAAGGCCUGCGGGAAGGUUCUAACUGGGGAAUACAUCAGCAAAGAUGGUGCUCCUUAUUGUGAAAAGGAUUAUCAAGUUCUUUUUGGAGUCAAAUGUGAAGCAUGUCACCAGUUCAUUACUGGGAAAGUCCUAGAGGCAGGUGACAAGCAUUAUCAUCCAAGCUGUGCACGAUGCAGCAGGUGCAACCAAAUGUUCACGGAAGGAGAAGAAAUGUAUCUGCAAGGUUCCACUGUCUGGCAUCCCGACUGUAAGCAAUCCACUAAGACUGAAGAUAAGCUACGG